AUGAAUAAACAAGUCAGCCAGCUUCAUAGCACACUAGAGGAAAAGGAGCAACUUAUUGUGCAAUAUAAGGAACGAGAGAAGAAUCUGGAAGAACAGAUCACAGAGAAUCUUGCAUCGCUGACUGCUGCUGAAAUUAAACUUGUGGAAGAUAAGAAGCACUAUGACCUCAUGCUUGAGAGUAAACAACUAGAACUGUCAAGGCAUUUGAAAGACAUAUCUCAGAGGAAUGACCAGAAGUAUGAGGUGGAGAAGCUGGAGAUAGUUAACAUGGAAAAGCAAAAGGCAGAAAAACUUGUUCGAGAAAGGGCGAUAGAAUGUGAGAAAAAACUUGAAGAAUGCAGAGAAGAAUCUGGGCAGCACUUAAUGCAUGUUCAGGAGGAACAUACUGCGCUGGUCAGUAGUCUUCAGCAGGAGCAUGAUAAAAAGGAACGAAGUAUAAAAGCUAAACACAGUGAAGAGCUAAAGCAGAUCCAACUUCAAGCUGAAAACGAGUUGAGAGAGAAAAUUACAUCAAUGAGGAAUGAACAUGAAGCCCAACUGAAAGCUUUGAGGCUUCAGCAUGAAGAUGAGAUUAAGAAGCUUCAGGAGGACUUGGAUCUUCAAAAGUCCAAA